GAGAGAUGGAGUUUGCCUUAUCUGGUCAUGCUGCUUUGUGCUUCUUUGUAAAACAGCAAAGCAUAGUUAAUAGGCCUAUUAACACACACAGAGGCUGAGUGGGUGACUCAUAUGGUCUGACACACCUAGACAGGCACAUAGACACACUAGAAAGGGAAGCCACAGUUUACUUCAUUAACACUACUCUGAGAAUCAGAGGGACUCAAACAAGAAACGAGACGAUCACAGACAAGUGGUGAAGUACAAAGAAGGAGGGAAUCGGUUUCCUGCAGUGACAGAGAGGAAGAGGGAGCGAGAGAGAAAGAGAGAAGAAGAAGACGAAGAAGCGAAGAGGGAGGGUGUGAGGGAGGAGGGAAAAAGAAGCCAACUCAUCUGACUGAAACAGUAGGCCAAAUGAAAGGGGAAGAGCAGGAGGAGCGCUGGUCCGAACGGCAGGGAAAUCAAAGCUGCAGAAGGUGACGAGGAAAGUAACGAAGACAAGAGGGAGAGUUGGCACCAGGAGCGGACGGGAGACAAAAAGGCUUUGAAGAGAAAAACAAAAGAGGGAAAAGGGGCUUGAGGCAGAGAGGGCCCCAACAUUCAGAGAGAACAGCAUGUCGGCGCCGCCGUCAGACAACCCCGAGGACGCCAACAGCCGCAGCUUCUGGAUGCCUGGCAACUAUCAGCGCACCGUGAGGCGGACAGAAGACGCCUUCCAGGCCUGUAAUGACAUCGUGGCGUGUUUCCAAGAGAGAGCGCGCGUGGAAAGGCAAUAUGCCCAGCAGCUCAGCGAAUGGAGCAACAAGUGGAAACCCGUGGUGGACUCCAGUCCACUUUAUGGAUCCCUCCUGAAGUCCUGGCAGUGUUUUCUGUCCUCCGCUGACCGCCUGGCCUCCUUACACGCCUCCAUCUGCCGCUCCCUGGUGUCAGACGAUGGCGACAAAGUCAGGACCUGGCAGAAGGACACCUUCCACAAGAAGCUGUUUGGAGGCUUUAAGGAGUCGCAGGACAUCGACUCGGGGUUCGCCCGUGCUCAGAAGCCGUGGGCCAAACGACUAAAGAAGCUGGACAAAGCCAGGAGGGCGUAUCACAAGGUGAGCCGGAAGGAACAGGCAGCCAGGGAGCGAGAGGAACACGCUCAGGGGAACCCAGACGUGGCCAUCGACAAACAGAAGAAGAUCCAGGAGGAGCGCGAGGUGGCUCAACAGGAAGCUGAAAAGGUCCGCGGGCGCUAUGAGAAGGUCCUGGAGGAGGUGAACCGCUACGCGCCCCGCUACAUGGAGGAGAUGGAGUCCAUUUUCGACCAAUCGCAGGACGAGGAGCGCAAGCGAAUCGUCUUCCUCAAACAGGCCUUUCUCUCCAUCCACAAACAUCUGGACAUCACCAACAACGAGAGCGUGAGGGCCGUGUACAACGAGCUCCACAACACGCUGAUGGCCAUCGACGAGCAGGAGGACCUCCGCUGGUGGAAAAACACCUACGGGCCUGGAAUGCCCACAGACUGGCCUCACUUCCAGGAGUGGACACCUGAGAAGAAAGCGAAAAAGGGAAAGAAAGGAGCGGAGAAGAAAGGGUCGCUCGAGAAAAGCGCGAUGAUUGGAGGAGUGAGAGUGAGAGCUCUGUACGAUUAUGUCGGUCAGGAGACGGACGAGCUUUCAUUCAAAGCAGGCGAGGAGUUCUUGAAGACCGAGGAUGAGGAUGAUCAAGGCUGGUGCAGGGGGAUGAAGGACGGGGGGUGGGAGGGGCUGUAUCCGGCCAACUACGUGGAGUUGGUGUAGCCGCGUGCGCCACACAACCAGCAGUCGCCUUCCAACCGUGGACGUAACGCGGCGGCGGGACAGAUCAGCUGUCGGCCAAAGAGCUGGAGCGACGGGGCGUUUGCUGUCUCACUCUCUUGAAAAGAUCAAUAAGCUGGAUUCUAACGGUACUUCAUGUAACUCUGCGGCAUCUGCAGACCUUCAGCCGGUUCCUUUUCCUUCACCUCAACACCUUUAAAAUGCUCACGCGGUGUUCGACGAGGGCGGCGCUGGUGCUGUGACUAUGACAAUCCAAAGCAGCAGUUCAAGUGGAGUCGGCUCAUAGAUAUAGAUACAAAUAUAUAAUCGUGUUUGUCUGGUGUUUAUGUUGAUUAUUAAAGGCGCAGUUUUGCCCCCGGUUCACAACAAUAUCGAUAUUUGCUCCUCAACGCAAUCCAGGAAGUGCCUUGUUUACUUUCAGGGGCUUUAAUCAGCACGUUAUAAAAACAAUGCAUCGCCUGAGCUCUCGACGGUGAACGGGGUUAAAGCAGCUCCUCUGUGGAGCUUCACGGCGUCGCUGGGCUCCUGCUUUCUCUUCCCUCCGCUUCACUUUCAGCAUCAAACAGCUGCUUUCAGCGGGAAGCGCUCGCUGCUCGCAGACGCUCAGCAACUCGCUGCGGAACAUAGCCCAGUAUUUAACGAGCCUAAUUGAGAAUCAAUAUUGGACUUAUAUUUAUCGCUAGACCGGAGGAGCGAAUGCUAAAUGUGCUGCCGAUCUGCUCGGCGUGUGAACGGGUCGGUGCUGCAGGAACACCUGCGCGUGCCGGUGUUCACGCUUUGCUCCCGUUGCUCAAAAGGCCAAAAUAGUCAUUACUGCAGGUUUAAAAGGUGGAAUUAUGUAAAACCACGGUGGUUUAUGAAGCGCUUACAUCAUCACGGUGGUCGGAUGGUGAGAAUAUUGGACCUUGACUGGGCCUUGUUGUGCGUCACGUGCUGACAGGACAGCUUUGCUGGAACUCUCUUUAUAUUUUUGCCAUUUCCCCUGAUUCACCGUCCCACAGUCAUCAAGGAGUGUAAAUGAAUAGAAGAGAGCUGCAUUAAAACGUUUUCCUCCUUUUGUGUGUUUGACUAGAAUGGAAAAAGAUACAUUUCUCACUUUCACCAGUGUUAACUUGUUUUGCUUUGAGUUUGUGUCUGCGUCCGGUACUUGUGGGGCCGAGCAGCCGCCGAUGCAACGCUGCUGCAGUGCUGAGUGUUUAGAGAUGAAACUGAUACUGCGUUUCUUCAUCAGAUUCUCAGUCUGACGCCAGACAUUCGUGUUUCCUAUCUGGUCCGGCUGCUCCUUUAAGAUAAGAGAAGGGGAACAAACGUUUUUCCUGUCUGUCUGUAGCAACAUCUAUGAAACACAGAUGAUGCAAACCCAGGGGCUUUUGCAUCAUACAGUACCUGUGUACAUGUGUGUCUUUAUAUGUUGGUCUCCUCAAUAACCCAUAAACAAAAAUAAACUUUUGAACAUUAGUGUAACUA